AUAACGGGCAAUUGGCGAUUGCGCGCAGAUUCGGCAAGAUCGUCGUCGUACGCGUCAGCUCUGUCGGUCGACGCGGCGGCGGCUGAUCAACAGGUGCGGCAGAACCGGCAGAAGCGAGCGAACCAACCUUGUCAAGCGCGAGUCUUCCUCGAUCGCGAGUGGUUCGUCAGGCGCACCAGGAGCGGGCAGAUUUACGGCACCUACGCUUUUUGAGAUUAGCGGCCGCUUCGAUGCUCGACAAGCCCAUUACUUUUGAUGCUUUUUCAGACUUUUUCGUUGCCUAAUAAACGAUUUAUUUGCAAUAACGUCCGAUGACUAAUUGCUGCCACGAGAGUACCGACUCGACGGGCAAACGUGUCUCGACCAUGCGCAAUGCGUAACCGUGGUGACCGUCUCGCAAACAAGCCAGCGAUCUUGCGACUACGGCGCGAGAACGAGCCAACCGAUAGAGUCUUCCCCCCGCGUGGGGAAGAAACGGCCGUGGCGACGCAAUGGACGCUCACGACAGUAGCGAAGAGGAGGAGCGUGCGAGGGAGGACAUCGCGGCGUUCACCAAAUUCGACGAGAGCAUCGAGGUACUCCAUGCCUGAAGAAUCUAUGGGCAUGGACAGCGAGACGUCGGCGAGCGAGGACAGCGAGGAAAUCGACACGCAGAAGAUCAUGAGGAUGAAGCUCGCUGACUUUUACGACGCGUCGCAGUUCGAGGAUCUCGACGUGUCCGCCGAGGUUAAAGAGCUGUUUCAGAACAUUACGAGGUACACACCACAGAAGAUCGAUCUGCAUUACAAACUGGCGCCGUUCACGCUGGAUUACAUACCGGCCGUCGGUGAUAUCGAUGCUUUUCUCAAGAUUCCACGACCCGAUGGCUUGACAGAGAAAGCUGGCCUUACGGUUUUGGAUGAGCCUGCGGCUGAACAAUCCGAACCUGCCGUGCUCCAGUUACAGUUGCGCAGUAAAACGAGAAGUGCUAGUAAUAUUCAGAAGCCGUCAGUGGUAAAAAGACUGGAAGACGCGUCGAAGCAUGGUCGUAUGAUCGACAAAUGGAUCGAGGAUAUGGGUCAAUUACAUCGUAGCAAGCCACCGCCAGCCGUCCAACUUACGCGCAAGUUUCCCGACUUAGACACUUUACUUCAACCCUGGGCACCCGAAGUCGAGGAUAAGCUGUAUCUUAGCUCAACCGCUGACUUUGAGAAGCUUGACUGCAGCCUAUUCCAGAUGAUCGACUUGAUUUGUGCGCUACUGGACAUUCCCGUUUACGGCGAUGAAAGAAUCGAGUCGUUGCAUACUUUAUUCGCUCUCUACGCGGAAGUGCACAACGUUGAUAUACAGAGGAUACACAAUUCGUAAGAAUAUAAUUUGUAGGGCUUUUUUUUGUCACAUUCACGUUUAAUGAGUACAAAACUUAAAUGUUUAAAAUACAUGCUGAUUGGUGGGAAUAAACCGAAUCCCAGCGAUGUAUAAUGACGCUUUCGAUAUACAAAAAAAUAUAU